GGCAUAAGAAAACUGAUUCUAUCUUAUUUUUGCGUGUAUAUCCGCUAGCCGCGUUCCAAACUCAUCAAACUUUAACUGGAUGACUGCACCUCGCAGUCUUGGAGACCAGCCUCAGCAUUAGGCGUCACCGUACCCCUCCUUAGCCACCCCACCACUUGCCAAUUGGCGGCAAUCUGCAUUUGUGAUCUAAUAGCAGAUGCGGGGUAGGAUCUAGCAACUGUCUUAUAUCAACGAAAAUAUAUAAGCAAACAAGGGACCUACAUUUUCGAUACUCCUUACUCCAGAUUUGACGCAUAGCAGAACAACUAUAUCGCACCGUGACUAUGGCUGAGCCGCAGAACUUCAACCCACCCGAACACGACCCUAUCUCGCCAUCGUACUCUCAGAUUUCACGCGUACCAAUAUCUUCAACACACACUCUGGUCUCUAUCGCAGGCCAGGUCGGCUACGACACCACUACUCAUACGAUCCCGCCUACCCUGGGCGAGCAAUGCAGUCUCGCGUUUGCGAACGUGGACAAAUGCCUUGAAUUGGUAGGCGCAACGAGGAAAGACGUUGUGCAAACUAGACAGUAUGUUGUGGGGUUGUUGAAGGGAGGGGAGGGAGGGAAAGGGCAGGAUCCAGAGAGGAACAAGAGGUAUUUGGAGUGGCUGGGGGAUUCUCCGCCGCCGCCGAGUGCGCUUUUGGGAGUUGAGAGUUUGGCGCAUGAGAAGUUGCUGUAUGAGAUUGA